AUGCAAAUCGCAAUUAUAAUUACAUGGAAUGGCAGGUAUUCUCCAGACGAAUCGUCAAUUGCAUUGCUUGAAUAUCCCGGCACAGGCUUCAGAUUCGAUCUUAUUCAUCCUGAAUUGGAAUGUUCAAAAACUACAGGUAUCCGUCGAUAUUCGAUCCGACCUGGAACUCUGCUGAAACCUCUUUCUGAACUUGACGAUCCACGGAUCGUGGACUUUCUGAGAAGGCAGCAUGAUGAGUCUCGACGUAAGGACGCUCUUCUAGCUCGUGAUGUGCUGAACCCUUGUGUCUACGCAGUCGUUCCGAAGACUAAUGUGAUGCGAUUGACUGACGACCAAGCAAUGUAUGCCUUAGGACUUACUUCUAUCACUAUUGCUCGACUGCGCAUUUGA